GUACGAGCAAAGCCCACCGAGUUGCUCAGAACUCAAUCCGAUUUCUUCCUUCCCUCUCCAAGCUGGGAGCGGAUUAGCUGUUACGGAAGCGAAGACCCCUCCAAGCUCGCCUUCGAAUCGAAACGGAAGCAAAGACUCCCUCCUCUCCCCUCUUCCACCAUCACCAUCCAUCAGGCGAUGUAGAUUUCUCUACACAAAUCCCAACCGUCAAAAAGCCCAAAAUGUCGACCCUCAGCGGACCCGCCUCCCCCUCUCUCUCCAUCUCCGUCCCCACAACCGUACCCGAACCCGACACAUCCGACGCAGCGACUCCCGCCCCUCCCAAUUUCGGCACUCCGGAAACCCUAGCCCAGAUCCGAACCCUCACCGACGUUGGCGCCAUGACCCGCCUUCUCCACGAAUGCAUCGCCUACCAGCGGUCCCUUGAUCUCGGCCUCGAAUCCCUCCUCUCCCACCGCACGGAUCUCGAUCGUCACCUCGUCUCCCUCCACCGCUCUUCUGACGUCCUCGACAUUGUCCGCGCCGACUCCGAUCACAUGCUCUCUUCCGUCCGCUCCACGGCCGAUCUCGCUGACCAUGUCAGCCGCAAGGUCCGCGAGCUCGACCUUGCUCAGUCUCGUGUCCAGUCCACCCUCUCCCGCAUCGAUGCCAUCGUCGAGCGUGCCAAUUGCAUAGAUGGCGUCAAGAAAGCACUCGAGUCUGAGGACUACGAAUCUGCCGCCAAUUUCGUCAGCACGUUCCUUCAGAUCGAUGCGAAGUACAAGGACUCGGGAUCCGAGCAGCGGGACCAGCUCCUGGAGUCGAAGUGCCAGCUGGAGUCGAUCGUGCGGAAGAGACUCGACACUGCUGUUGAUCAGCGGGACCACCCUACGAUCCUGCGGUUCGUGCGGCUUUUCUCACCGUUGGGGCUUGAGCAAGACGGGUUGCAGAUUUAUGUCUUUUAUUUGAAGAAGGUCAUCAAUUUGAGGUCAAAGCUGGAGUUUGAGCACCUGCUGGAGCUUGCGGAGCAGAAUGUGGGCCAGAAUCAGGUGAAUUUCGUUGGGUGCUUGACGAAUCUGUUCAAAGACAUUGUGCUUGCAGUCGAAGAAAAUGAUGAGAUCUUGCGUAGCCUUUGUGGGGAGGAUGGCGUUGUCUAUGCAAUCUGUGAGCUUCAAGAAGAGUGCGAUUCGAUGGGGUCGAAGAUCUUGGAGAAGUACAUGGAAUACCGAAAGCUGGCUCAAUUAGCAUCAGAAAUCAAUUCUUAUAGCAAGGACUUACUUUCUGUGGGGUCUGCUGAAGGACCUGAUCCGAGGGAGGUUGAGUUGUAUUUGGAAGAGAUCCUGUCGUUGACUCAGCUGGGUGAGGAUUACAUGGAGUUCAUGGUGUCAAAGAUCAGGGGACUGAGUUCUGUCGAUCCGGAGCUGGGCCCACGGGCCACAAAGGCAUUCCGGAGUGGGAAGUUUAACAGGAUGGUGCAGGAUCUUACUGGAUUUUAUGUGAUUCUGGAGGAAUUUUUCAUGGUGGAGAAUGUGAGGAAGGCGAUAAAGAUUGACGAGCAGGUGGUUGAUAGUCUCACGACUUCGAUGGUCGAUGAUGUGUUCUAUGUUCUGCAGAGCUGCUGCAGACGGGCGAUUUCGACUUCAAAUAUCAAUUGA